UAUCAAUUAAAUGAUAUGCCUCUGAGGCUAUCUGAAGUGGUGACGACUUAUUUAUGACCAGCUGAAUAUGAAGGCGUUUUUCAAAAGCGGUAAGCUUUUUUGGCAGCAAAACAUGAGCUUAUCUACUCUCCGUUAACAUGGCCAUCCAUUAAGCCAAUAGUUAUCAGUAAGUGAAAAUACAUUAAUGUGUAAUUAAAGAGAUAAUGAUAAACGGAUAGUUGGGAGUAUAAAUACGGCUGGGUGUCACAUCCAUGGCCAAGUAAGCUGGCCAAGAUGUUCCCGAAACAAGCCAAGAUCCUCGUCUUCUGCCUCUCCCUGGGCCUCUCGCUGGCGGUGAAGCUGCAGAUUCCCUUCAGACCAGACGCCCACAUCCAGGAGUUGCAGUUGCAGAGCAGGGAGCUGGCCGAAGUCCACUCGGAUCACUCCACGCAGUGCUUCCUGAUAUACAAGCCCAAAUUGGCCAAGAUUGCGGAUGAGUUCGAGACUAACUUUGCGGCUUGCAUUUUGGCCUAUGACAAUUCCACUGCCCUGAUCAACGAAAAGUAUGCCGAGGAGCGCCAGAGCAUCCUGAGGUCCGCCAACAUCGGUUGCUCCUAUCCCAACUCCAAUUGCCAGGUCUGGACAGCAGAGCAGCAGUCGCUGGACACCGUGGUCUCCCGCAUCGAAUGCGCCGCCAUCAACUCGUCCGACAGCUCAAAGAUCUUCUACGGCAUUUCAGCCGAUGCCACGGAGAUUGGAGUUGAGAUCCAGAAAGAAUAUACCCUCAUAGAAAGCCGGAAGAAAGUUUGCCUCGACGACGCAAAUCGCACUUACGUGGAGGACACCUCCAAGACCUACGACCUUUUGAACGACUGCCUCAAGAACGGAAUCACAACCACCACUUGUGCGCCUAUUACUACUACGUCUACACCACCAACUGAAUAAGUUUUACACUUAAAGAAAUUUGAUCAAUAAAUAUCUAGCAGCUC